GGGGGCCUCAUGUCUGUGUGUGAGAUGCCCAAGAGUGAGGGAUGGGGAGCUGCACAGCCCCCCUAAAGGCCCUGUGGGUACGAGACAGCAGGGAACCCCAGCAACGGGAGAGAAGAAAAGGACAGCACACCAUCCAUUCCUUCCCAAAGAUGGGAAUUCUGAGGGCUUGCAAGCUCUGCACCCACCGCUCCCUGCACUUUCACACCGUGCAUUUCACUGCUCAAAUCCCAAACCACUCGUGCUUCAAAUCCUUCACCUAUCACUUCAAUACUUCUGUGAAUGAGGCACUCGGUGUCAAAGCUCAGGGUUAGGUGAAGAGCCUGAGCAGAAUUUCCUUACUUUUGUGGUUUGUCAGCCACUACAUUUGUUUGAGGUUUCUUGCUGUUGUCUUCAAAGCAUUCUGCGAUGCCUCCCUCGUGCGCUUCAUGGGGAGCUCUCAGCAUUUUCCAGGCCCAGGACGGAAUGUUUCCUGCACGAGGAUGGUUUGAUACGCAGUGAACCCCGGAGGCUGCAGUUAAUUCUGCUGCCUUCUGCUGAAGCAAACGGCAGAGUGCCUGGAGUUGCAUCUUCUCAUUUAGAACGCAAAUUGAUUUCUACAGAAAACAGCCAAAGGGGGUUGUUUUAUUCAUUCCGUGCCCUCCGAGCCAGCUUGCUCCUCUCUGAUACACAGAGGCCAGAUUUUACAACAGGAAGAAAUGCCAGAUGGUGAAAUAGGAGGAAAUCAUUAAAAAGCAGCAAGCCCAACCCGUCGCCCCGACACCUGAUUGUCAGAGCGGGGACUUCUCACCAGCCAACACCAGCAGCACCUGCACACAGCUGGAUGAUGAUGGACAUGGCCACCAUGGCCCGGCCAUGGCUCCGGCUCUGGCUCUGCCUGCAGCUCCCAGGUUUCUGUACAAAUCUACUUUCAUCCUGGACUCCAGAACAUAUUUUUGCCCAAACAAACAACAGCACAGAAAUCGUCUGCCCGAUGAAAAAGGAGCACACCGGGGUUUACUGGUACCGCUGGAACCAGGACAGGCAACACUUUGAGUUCUUGCUAUUUUCCAGUCUGCUGGGAAAAGCCACGUACGGCACAAACAUCAGCCAGGAGAAGUUCAGCAUCCGCGGGACGAGUUCCCACCACUCCUACAGGCUGCACAUCAGCCAGCUCCACGGCUCCGACAAUGGAACCUACUACUGCUGCACCAUCCAGUCCUCACAGCUCAUCAUGGGCACUGGGACCCAGCUCAGUGUGGUCGAUGUUUUGCCUCUGCCUUCAAAGUCCACGCUGGCCCCGUUCACCAAGAAACCAACGAGGUGUAAACCCAUAAACAAAUCUAUCAACAAAAAAGGUGCCUGCAGCCCCCUGGUCUGGAUCCCGCUGGCUGCCAUCAACCUGCUGCUCCUGCUGAGCCUGAUCCCCACCAUCCGCCGCUUCUAUCGGCUGCGAAGGAGGCUGUGGCUUAGAGCUCACAGAAAGUAAAUCCUGCUAGGAAAAGCUAUGGAGCAUUGCCUGCGUGCUGCUGAGCCCUGCUGGGAUAUGACCCUGUGAGGACAUUGCAGAGGACUGGCUCAGAUCCUGCACUGUGCUGAGCCUUUCUCAAGGAGACUUUGGGAGCACAGCAGCUGGAUCUGCACUGGGACUGGGGUACCAGAUGGGUGCAGCCGGGCUGGAAAGAUGCUCUGGGCUCUGCUGGUUGAUGACUUUUGUAAGGAACACUUUGAGAGGUGACUGCACACCUCGUAACGAUGUUAGAAGCAGUAAAUAUAUCAUUCAGCUCUGCA